UUGUACGAGACUCCAAGCCCAGAGGUGCUUUGACGACAAUGCGACAUCAGAGACGGCAAUAACAGGACUUUGUGGCUUCCACUUCCACCUGAACCUUCAUCGUCAUCCACCAAGAUCGUAAUGAGCGUACAGGCCUAUGACGCCGGGGCCGUCACCACUUUUCCCAGAGUUCAUCCAGGAGCCAUGUCUCCUCCUCGUCCCCAGGUUGGCAUUGAGCGGUUGCCUACCCGCCGACUCAGCAAUGAGCCACGUGAAUCCAUGAACUGCAAGUCAUGUCGGAAACGCAAGAUCAAAUGCAACCGCCUUCGACCCGCCUGUGAAGCCUGUCAAAUCUUCCAAUGUCCAUGCAUCUACGAUGCCGUACCCAAGAAGAGGGGCCCAAAGACCGAUGUCUUGGAGGCAUUACUGAAGAGAGUGGAUGGCUUGGAAGCAAGACUGAAGGAAAAGGGGGAGCCAGAAACGCCAACGGUCCAAGACACACCAAACAUUGUAGCCGAUUCUUCAUCUUCCCCAACGUCAACCAGCACCAGUACGAACCAGAGGGAACAAUUCUCAAAAGAUGACCCGCUGGAUACUCCCCGUCCGCACGAUUCUAGAGAGCUUCAACAGCCUUUUAGUCAGCCACAGAAUGUCGAGCAGCAAUCGAUAUCAAUGCCAGAAGUCCAGCCGACCGUUUUGUUUGAUACAUACUUCACCCGCUUUCACGCCAAGCCUUUUCACGUACUUGACGAAUCGACAUUCCGCCAACGUCUUCAGCUACACCAAGUCCCCAACUACCUGUUGCAUGCUGUUUGUGCUGUAGCCGCAAGGUAUACACCUCAUCCGAAGGGGUUCCGAUUCGCGGUCAAGCUCAGCGAAGACUACGCUGCUCGCUCCAGGUCAGAGUUAGACACGGACGAACCGAGUGUGGAUACUUUGCAGGCCUUGUUACUGCUGGUAACAGCCUUUACUGCCGCAGGGAAGGGGAAAAAGGCAUAUAUGCUUCUGACAAACGCUGUAGGGAUGGUCAUGGCUCUAGAGCUCCACCGUGAAAUGGACAUCAAUGCCCGAGUUACUCCUAUCGAACGAGAAACGCGAAGACGACUGUUUUGGAGCUGCUACCUACUCGACAGGUUCAUGGUCUCCGGUUCAAAGAGGCCAUCCCUGAUUAGGGACAAGACGAUUUUGUUGAGGCUACCAAGUUGGUCACCCAACCCAGCAGCACUGCCCGUGGAAGGGGAUUUUUUUCAGAGUGGCUCGAAUCUGCAAUACUUCCAUGGGAGUGGGAAGAGGUCGCAAGGAAGCAACGGACUGCUUAUCGAUAUUACUCGAAUCCUCGGUACUACGAACCAAUAUCUGGCGUCUGGAGGAGCCAAAGGCGAUUCGCACUUUCCAUGGCACUCGCUCUCCAUUUUGUCAAAGAUCCGGCAGGACCUCGAUGUAUGGGCUUCUGGGACAGAAGAUGCCUUUUCCAGCCUUCAUUCCUUGUUCGGUCACACAGACUCAACCGUGCUUGUUCUGAGCAAGCUCAUUUACCAUCUGGUUCAUUGUCUGAUAUACAGACCUUUCCUUCCGAUUGACCUUUCCGAACUGGCUGGAUCAGGACAACAUCAAUCUUGGCAGAUUGAAGCUACCAACAUGUGUUUCCUACACGCCAACGCCAUUGCCGAGCUCGUGGAACUAGGAAAACAGAUGGCGUCUAUCGAAUGGCCUGCCUUUGUUGGCUACUGCAUAUGUACGGCUGGAACGGUACAUGUACAUGGCGCCCACUACAGCAGACAUGGGAUUACGGGGGAAAUGAACGUAUUCAGCUCUUCCCCCGAGUUUCUGUCGCGAGAAAUGCAGCAGCUGAGCGAGUUGCGGUAUUCAUGGGCCAGUGUCCAGCAUCAGCGCGAAACACUACAGAGUAUAUACGAUGCUCACUUGGAGCUCGUAAAGAGUGUUGCCAACAACUCGAUCCGAUAUUCGCCAGUGUUCCACCUGGAAGACUUCUUCGAUCGAUAUGCCAACAUCAGUGGUCCAGGAGGACAGUCGUUUAGUUUUGAUGCGGCCAACCUGAGUCUGGCCGACGUAAUAGUGGACUUUACGACCGACACAUAUCCCGGACACGAUUUGUAUGCGCCCCGUCUGGCCGGUAGUGGCGCUGGCGAGUCGGCGCUCAGCAGACCGAACCUCAAGAGAAAAAACACUGCGCCAUCAGGAAGGAAACGGCCAGAUAUCAAGAGCCUAUUGUCUAUCAGCGGAAACGGCAACUACAGCACCGGCCUCCCCACACCUUCACACCCCCACACCGCAACAUUCCCCAUGUCCUCCUUAGGCGGCCUUCAACCAUCACCCGGGAUACCUCACACUCCAUCAUUAGCACCACAACAUGACAUCCAACAUGAGCGAGCACGGUUCCACUCCAUGCUGGGCUCCCUAACCGACACCAACGCCGGGCCUUCAAACAGAACCUCAUCCACCAACUUCUCCUCCCUCACCCCCAACAACAAUAACCAUCCCCGCUCCCACUCCAUAGCCCUAGGCCAAGGCAUCUCCAACCUCUCCAACCUCUCCGGAUCAAAUCUCUCCAACUCCUCCUUCAGCCCCCAACUAAACUUCACCAACCUUCAACGCGCCUCCACCCCCACCCCCGGUCCCAGCACCAACCACCACUUCGACCCCAUGUUCGGCGACCUACCCACCAACGCCUUCUCCAGCCCAGCACCAUGGAAUCCUGAUGGUGAAGCCGAUGAUAACCCAGCACCUGGCGAGAACAACAAGCCAACGCCAAGUGACAUGGGUAGCACAGGAACCGGGACCGAAGAAAAGGAUCCCUUUCUCAGUCUGCUGGAGCAGUUGGCGGAGAAUGAAUCACUGUUGGGCGGAGGAGGGCCGGGGAGUGAGUUAGAUGGGCUGGACUUCUUUCUUGGUAGCGCGGGGGCUGGGGGUGGUGGUGGGAGCGGGAGUGGAAGCGGUGGAGGAGGAGGGGGAGGUGGGUGAAGACACUGUCUGGGCAGUGGAAAGAGGGACUAGGGGAGAGAGGUGUACUUUUUAUUUGAAGCGAAUGAUACCAUGUGUUUUUGGGGCAGAAAAUGGUGUGU